CUCUCUGCCCCUCCCCCACACAGGUGCUGGUGCUCUCUCUAGCUCUCUCUCAAAAUAAAUAAAUAAAGUUAAAAAAAAAAAAAAGAAUUGGGGCUUUGCAGACGCCACCACCCUGGAGCCGCCCAUGCUGCCCAGCCAUGGUCAACCCCACCAUGUUCAACAUCUCCAUGGAUGGUGAGCCCUUGGGCUCCAUAUCCUUCAAGCUGUUUGCAGACAAAGUUCCAAAAAUGGCAGAGAACUUCCAUGCUCUGAGCAUUGGGGAGAAAGGACUUGGUUAUAAAGGUUCCUGCUUUCACAGGAUUAUUCCGGAAUUUAUGUGCCAGGGUGGUGACUUCACAAGCCAUGAUGGCACUGGCGGCAGGUCCAUCUAUGGGGAGAAACUUGAUGAUGAGAGUUUCAUCCUGAAGCACACAGGUCCUGGCAUCUUGUCCAUGGCAAAUGCUGGACCCAACACAAAUGAUUCCGAGUUUUUCACGUGCACUGCUAAGACUGAGUGGUUGGAUGGCAAGCACGUGGUGUCUGGCAAGUUGAAGGAGGGCAUGAAUAUUGUGGAAGCCAUGAGGCAUUUUGGGUCCAGAAAUGGCAAGACCAGCAAGAAGAUCACCACUGCUGACUGUGGACAAUUCUAAAAAAUUUGAUUUGUGUUUUACCUUAACUACUAGACCAUUCCUUCUGUAGCUUGGGAAAG